AAUUAGGACAGCACUUAUCAUCUUACCUUCCAACUUCACAAAAUGUUGACAUCACGGCUAGCGACACCCAUCCGCGUUUCGGUCAAGGACAGUGGCUUGAGGGUCAUCAGUGCGUGUCCCCUACAGCGGAGCUGUGUAUCACGACGAGGGCUUGCUUAUAACCUGCAUGGCUUGACUGCCCCAACCACACGAGGCCAGUACGCAGCCCCCGCUCGGGCAGCAGGUGGUGGUGGCGGGGGCAGCGGCGGCGCUGCCGGCGGCGGCGGAGGGGGAGCCGGGAGCAGCAGCGGCGGUGCCGGAGGCGACUCCUCCCAGCCGCACCCCAUGCGGUACUUCACAUUCGGUUUCGCUUUGCUGCUGGCAGCCGGCGGCGCACUUGCCUUUGCCCGCAAGCGCAGCGGCAAGAGCCUGGCGGCCGCCUCGGGCGCCGCCCUCAUCCUGGGGCUGUGCGGGCGGGCCAUGGUGGGGGCGGCGGCGCAGGGGCCUGCACGGGUGGCCUUUGCCAUGUGCACGCUGCUGGGUGUUGUGAUGGCGAGCCGCUUCA